GCGCUCCUGGUCGUGCGCCAGCCCAGCAUUUUGCUGCUGUUGCAAGGCUUGUUCUCCUGGAGUUUUGAUUUGGCGGAUCCGGACACCUGGCCCCGCCAGUUGCCACAAGGCUUCGAGCAAGCAGUGUACUUGUGUGUUCCCAAUGCAGCUGUCUCAGAGGAAUCCUCCGGCUCUGCAAGGCAGAGUCCUCAAGGGUACUCUGCCUUUCGGGCCCCUGGACCAGCAGGCUUCGAGAGUGCCUUCCGCUUCUGCAGCGUCCCUGCCGCUCUUGCGGCGGGCAACCUGCGCUGCAGCUCCCCUGUCGACUUUUCGAUGGUGCCGCUGGACUCCUACACACCUGGAAGUGGUCUUCAGGAAGACAUUUUUGCAGAAUGGGAGGUCGAGGCACGGGAUGCAAAAGUACUCAUUGCCAUCUGUGGCAAUGGUGAAAUCGAAUUUGGAGAGGUUUGCGAUGAAGGACCAUUUGCUUCUGAUGGAUGCUUGUCGUGCCGCGCAGUAGCUCCUGGUUACAAAUGCAAAGCCAACACCAGCUGCACACCUCUCUGCGGAGACGGGCUCCUCUUCGAAGGAAUGGAGGAGUGUGAUGAUGGUGGAAUGUUGCAAGGCUGUUCCACCGAUUGCAAACUGUUGGCGUGCCAGCGCCAGGAAGUUGGGAUCAGUUCACAGUCAUUGAGUGGGGCAAGCUCGACAGAUCAGGAGCUGAUGGCCACGCUGCGCGAGGUGCACCUGGUGCCGGCCAAGGACAGCAGCCAGCGAAUGGAGCUCCAGGGUUACUUCCGCUGCUUCAGUUCCGUGGAUCAAUUUUCCGACAUUGCUGUCGCCUUGGCCGACUGCCGGGGAGCGACGCGGCUGUCGUUCCUUGGAGAAGUCAGCGCUGGGCAGAUGAUUCGGCAUGAUAUGGAGCUGGAGACCGCCUUUGACCCAGUGGGCGACAUGCACUACGAGGCAGGGCCAUACCAGCUUCGAGCCAGAUCCGAGGCAAACGGAACGGAGGUCUUGUUGAGCUGCAAGACUGGCUUCCUGUGGGAGCAGUGCCGCUUUUGGGCCGUGCAGCUAUCCGAAGAGACCAUGCCCACAGCUUUGUCGCUAAGCCAAGAUGGUCUGAGCUCUGAGCCUCUGGAGUUCAUGGAGGGAGCGCUAGAGAUUUGGAUCCCGCCAGACUCAUCGCGGUGGCUUUGUGAGGCUGCCGACCGGCUGCCCUUGAAAUGCGGAGAUGGGAAGCUG